GAACAUACCAUGCCUUUAGAUUUCCUCUCAAGAAAAGCCGGUGUCAUCACGGGCGAAGACGUCAGAAAGUUGUUUGAGUACGCACACAAGCAGGGCUUCGCCAUCCCAGCCAUCAACGUGACGUCGUCGUCAACCGCAGUGGCAGCACUCGAGGCGGCAAGGGACGCCAAGUCGCCAAUCAUCCUCCAGACGUCGAACGGCGGGGCUGCGUACUUCGCCGGCAAGGGCAUCUCGAACGAGGGCCAGAAGGCGUCGAUCGCAGGCGCCAUUGCGGCAGCACACUACAUCCGGUCGAUCGCUCCUACGUACGGGAUCCCGGUGAUCAUGCACUCGGACCACUGUGCCAAGAAGUUGUUGCCGUGGUUCGACGGGAUGUUGGACGCGGACGAGGCGUACUACAAGAUCCACAAGGAGCCUUUGUACUCGUCGCACAUGUUGGACUUGUCCGAGGAGACGGACGACGCCAACAUCGCCACCUGCGUGAAGUACUUCGAGAGAAUGUCCAAGAUGGACCAGUGGUUGGAGAUGGAGAUCGGCAUCACCGGCGGUGAGGAGGACGGCGUCAACAACGAGCACGUGCACAAGGACAUGCUCUACACCACCUCCGAGACCGUCUUCAACGUCUACAAGGCCUUGGCUCCGAUCUCGCCAAACUUCUCCAUCGCCGCCGCCUUCGGUAACGUCCACGGGGUCUACAAGCCGGGUAACGUCGUCUUGAAGCCCGAGCUCUUGGGCAAGCACCAGCUCUACGCCAGGGAGCAGUUGAAGACCGACAACCCUCACCCAUUGUUCCUGGUCUUCCACGGUGGCUCCGGCUCCUCCCAGGCCGACUUCGACACCGGCAUCAAGAACGGUGUUGUCAAGGUCAACAUCGACACCGACACCCAGUACGCCUACUUGGUCGGUAUCAGGGACUACGUCUUGAACAAGAAGGACUACAUCAUGUCCAUGGUGGGCAACCCGGACGGCCCAGACAAGCCAAACAAGAAGUACUUUGAUCCUAGAGUCUGGGUCAGAGAGGGCGAGAAGACCAUGUCCAAGAGAGUUACUGAGGCCCUCGAGAUCUUCCACACCAAGAACCAAUUGCCAUAAUUCUCAAAUAUUCUUUAGUCUGUAGCCUUUUCUUCUUUUUGUAACUGUUUGAAAAUAAAAAGGACACAUGAAAUCCACCUCCGGG